UUUGCUUUAAAUUAUAAUAAUUAGAAAAAAUUGACAUUGGAUUGGCCCUCCCGAAAACUCUUAUUUUAUAAGUAGUUAGGACUUCCGAUUGGAUGGAAUUUCCUCGGAACUGCAAAAAUCCUUAUCUUAUGUCUCAUCUGUGGCAUCAAUAUUGAAGUAAAUGGUUUCAUUGUUUGGCUGUAAAUCUUCAGUAUCUUCGAAAACAGAUGAAUAAUAAUUAUCGUCAAAAGAAACAGAUCUUGAAAAGCCUAUGUUUGUCGUUUUGUCAAGUUGUGGAUUAUCCUCACUUUCUACAGAAACCAUGAGAAAAUACCCAGCUUUACCCUUGAUGGAUCGAACUCCCAUCGAUGAUUAUACAUUUGAAGGUACAGAUCUGACGAUACCACGAAACAUGUCAGUACUGAUCCCCCUUUUUGCGCUACAUAGAGAUGAAAGACUAUAUUCCAAAGCCGAAACGUAUGAUCCUGAAAGAUUUUUGGAUAAGAACAUUAAUUCAGAUGGACUUAGUUUUAUACCAUUCGGUGAUGGUCCAAAAAAUUGUAUAGCUAAACGGUUAGCUAAAUGGUAGUAAUUUCAAUGGCGAUAUCAAACAUCAUUUUAAACUUCAAACUUGAAAGGUGCAGCAACACCCCUGAGAAAAUUGAGUUUGAACCAAAAAGUUUCGUAUUGGCAUCAAAAGUGGGACUUCCUCUAAAAAUAUUUCCAGUAUUAGAAAACCCAGUUUGAUAAAUUGUUAAUUUUGCAUUUGUGUUUAUACUGAACUAGUUUUUAAAUUAUGUACUGAUAGUAUUAAAAACCCAGUAAUAAAAGAGUAUAUAUAAAUA